CGAGGCAAGAACAUUGCCGUGCCACAUAGUUUGACAUGCACAGCCGGACCAUUUGACAUCGCAAUCUAAAAUCGAGUGUGAGAAGUCGGGAAUCGGAAACGGAAACGGAAUCGGAGGAGAUGCAGCUUCCUUUGGUGGCGGAUUUGUGCUGAGCUGUGCAGCUGCCUUCUUGGAGAGACUUCAUCCGUUUUUUGUCGUCGUCGUCGUUGUUGUUGUACAGUUUUUCCGCCGUGGAAUUUGUCCAAGCGGAAAAGCGAAAAGAAGCAGCACCGCGAAGCCCUCGAAGUGUCGACGAAAAUCGUUAAAAAAUAGAAAAACACUCGGCGACUAUGUCACGACGCGCUUGAAGACCCCCAUCCGCUUCGAGGGAGAUAUUGAGAUUGAGCGAGAUCCAAGCCUCAGCGGGCACUACAUCGCCACCCACUCUAUCCAUCCAAACCUACCCACUUCAUACUCAGGAUUCGCAUGGACAAAGGCACAAUGAAGCGCAAGCAGAGGAGAUACAGAACCACAUUUAACACCCUGCAGUUGCAGGAGCUGGAGAGGGCGUUCCAACGAACCCACUAUCCGGACGUGUUCUUUCGGGAGGAGCUGGCGGUACGGAUCGACUUGACGGAGGCACGGGUGCAGGUGUGGUUUCAGAACCGGCGGGCCAAGUGGCGCAAGCAGGAGAAGAUCGGUGGUCUGGGCGGCGAGUACAAGGAGGGAGCGCUGGAUCUCGAUGUGGCCUACGACGAUAGUGCUGUGCUCGGCCAACUGGACAGUGCGUUGGGUGGCGGCGGAACUCUAUUGCCGGACACCCCUCCGCAAUCCUCGAACUCCCUGGAUAACGAACUGAAGGCUUCCUAUGGCACAGGGGCCAUGUCGCCCUCCAGGCUAUCACCGAAUAUAUUCCUCAACCUCAACAUUGACCACCUGGGACUGGAAAGAGGUGGCAGUGGUCUCUCGAUGGAGUGGUCCACCUAUCCUCCGCCUCAAACGCAAGCGCAGACACAACCGCAGAUGGACCCAGAGAAUCACCUCCAGCAGCAGCACCCGCCACAACAGCUUCAAACCCAUCCGAAUCACCAUGAGAACUCGAAUCCUCACCACCAGCAGCAGCAGCAGCAUAAUGGCCAGCAUCAUCAGGGUCUCGAGUUCGCCGCCUCCAUGAACUUGGACAUGGCCGAUGGCUCCUCCGCCUACGAUGAGAUGAAGUUCCUCAGCGUGGACGUGGACCAGUUUACGAUCGACAGCUUCAAGGCGGACUGCAUUCUAAGCAUGGAGCAGUCCCAGAUGCAGCCAUAUGUGGGUCACUCCCAGCUGGUCGGGUCCUCUAAUGAGCUGUGUCUCGAGGGGAUCGGCAUGUCCGAGUUUGGAAUGGAAGAGGGCGAGCCCAAGACGCCCCCCUCACUUUUGGUGCUGGACAAGACGCUGCCCUCCUUGAGCAUUGGAGUCGAGGGAAUUGCUGAUCUUGUGGAGCAACUGCAUCAUCAGCAACAUGAGGGUGGGCCAGUGGGCGGUGGUGUCAUCACUAGCGACGUAUUGUGAAUCCAACUUAGGUGAAUUCUUUGCUUAGUUAAACGUAAACUUAAUCCAAUUGUAGCUUUAAUUUAAAUUGCUCCAUCUUGUGGUGAUGGAUAUAGGGGGAAAUGGAGUGUGAAGCCUGUUCUAGUUCUGUUCUUGUUUUUUAGUCAAUGCUAAUGCCCAAGUUCAAGACCAAACAAGGUCGCCACACUUGAAUUCAAAUACUUUAAAAAAUUUUAUUAUCAAAGCUUAGAUUUUCUUACAGAUUACUUUAGUCCUUGAAAUUUCUCUAGAUUAGUGUAAUUUUAAAAAUUCCAGCCAUGAAAACGUUGUUUAUUAUAAGAGAAUCUGUAAAUUAUUGACUAAAUAUUUCUAAUAUUUGAAGACAAAACUUUUUUUGGUUGAGAACCUUUGGCGCAGUGUUAAAUUCAAAAAGUGAGUAGAGAGGAAACAUUCAAAUCGAGACGAAACGGGUCCUUAACUACGAGUACAGCUACCAUUUUUGGCCAGGUUCUGUUUUGGCUUUUAUGGAUUCCGCAUGUGUGUGCCCAACAAUGGAGUCCCCCUACGCUCCUGCCACGCCCCUACCCUCCUGCACACGCCUUAUUUGUGGCUCGGAUUAGAGGCAAACUAAUUGUGCGAUUUGAAUGGAUUUCGGGUUUCAGUUCUGUUUGUUCGGCAAUAACAUUUGCUUUGCUUUUUAACAAUUGCUGAAGAGCCCCAGCCCCUGAACCUCGGACCAUCCCACUGGCUGGCUGUAAUUUCCAUUUACUGUUAUUACCGUGGACUCCUGCGGAACCUGAUCCUAAGCAGUCUUAACGAAGGACUCCUACACUCCAUUUAAAAGCCGCCUCGGCUUAUGGAAAAGCUCGCAGCAGAUGAGGGCUUAAUGUGGGCGGACAACAGAGGAGUGGCGAAGUUGGAAAUUAAGAGAUACCAGAUAUAAGCAACAUAGACUUUUCGAAACGUGUGCAAUAAAAAGAGGCUUUA